GGGCAUUUGCAUGUUAUUACCAUAGCAUGUGCCCGUCCGUAUAUAACAGGCUGCAGGCGGCCUUGGCUGGAGACAGACGCAAGGAAACGGAGUGGAAGGUGGAAGGAAGCAUGUUCGCCCAGUGACAAUCUGUCCGUGGGUUCGACCAAGACCUUCACGCAAAAGCCACUUCCUAAUAUCUGACAUCUUCUCACACACGAGGAGUUUUUACGCACUGGAUUAACUUUUUAUUUGGGAACUGGACUUCAACACGAGCUCACACAACUUUAUCUUUGUUGUGGCUUUGUUUUUAAGGUUUGGGAUUUAUUCUUUUUGUUCCUCGGAACAUGAAUGUGGCGCACGGCAGCAGCUGAUGAGACAUCCACAGGCUACAGAAGCGUGCUCGAUGCAUCCUGCUCAGAGGGAGUGAAACGGCGGAGGAACUCUUUGCUUUAUUUAUUCAUUAUUUAUUAUGUAUUUAUUGGCUAUGGGGCGCGCCGUCCUGCUGAGCCUUGCCGUCAUGUGCGUGUUGCUGAGCCAGGGAUUUUGUUCGGGGGUUUUUGAGCUGAAGUUGCAGGAGUUCCUAAACAAGAAGGGAGUGCAGGGGAACAGGAACUGCUGCAAAGGAGGCCUGGCCUCGUCUUUCCAGCAGCAGUGCGAGUGUAAAACCUUCUUCAGGAUCUGCCUGAAGCACUACCAGCCCAACGCGUCCCCGGAGCCUCCGUGCACCUACGGCGGCGCGGUGACGCCGGUGCUCGGCUCCAACUCGUUCCAGGUCCCGGACGCCGUCCCGGAGAGUUCCUUCACCAACCCCAUCAGGAUCAACUUCGGCUUCACGUGGCCGGGGACCUUCUCGCUGAUCAUUGAGGCAUUACACACAGACUCCAAAGACGACCUCUCCACAGAGAACCCAGAGCGCAUUAUCAGCACCAUGACCACGCAGAGGCACCUGACGGUGGGAGAGGAGUGGUCCCAGGACCUGCACACCGGCGGCAGGACGGAACUCAAGUACUCGUACCGGUUCGUGUGCGAGGAGCACUACUACGGGGACGGCUGCUCGGCGUUCUGUCGACCCAGAGACGACGCCUUCGGCCACUUCACCUGUGGGGAGCGCGGGGAGAUUGUCUGCGACGCCGGGUGGAAGGGGCAGUACUGCACGGAGCCCAUUUGUCUGCCAGGCUGCGACGAGGAGCACGGCUUCUGCGAGAAACCCGGGGAGUGCAAGUGCAGAGUGGGAUUCAAAGGCCGCUACUGCGACGAGUGCAUCCGUUACCCAGGCUGCCUCCACGGGACCUGCCAGCAGCCCUGGCAGUGCAACUGCCAGGAGGGAUGGGGAGGCCUGUUCUGCAACCAAGAUCUCAACUACUGCACUCACCACAAGCCCUGCAUGAAUGGAGCCACUUGUAGCAACACGGGUCAGGGCAGCUACACCUGUUCCUGCCGGCCCGGCUUCACUGGCGCCAGCUGUGAGAUCCAGGUCAACGGAUGCGCCGGAAACCCCUGCCGCAACGGGGGGAGCUGCACUGAUUUGGAAAACACAUAUACCUGCACUUGCCCUCACGGUUUCUAUGGCAACAACUGCGAGCUCAGCGCCAUGACGUGCGCCGAUGGGCCCUGCACCAACGGUGGCCGCUGUGCCGACAACCCCGAUGGAGGCUACUUCUGCCAGUGCCCCACCGGAUACGCAGGCUUCACCUGCGAGAAGAAGAUCGACCACUGCACCUCCGGCCCCUGCUCCAACGGCGCCCGCUGCGUGGACCUGGUCAACUCCUACCUGUGCCAGUGUCCCGACGGCUACACCGGCAUGAACUGUGACCACACCGGAGACGAGUGCUCCACGUACCCCUGCCAGAACGGAGGCACGUGCCAGGAGGGCGCCGACGGCUACGCCUGCAGCUGCCCCCCGGGCUACACCGGCCGCAACUGCAGCGCCGCCAUCAGCCGCUGCGAGCACAACCCCUGUCACAACGGCGCCUCCUGCCACGAGAGGAACAACCGCUACGUCUGCGCCUGCGCCGCCGGCUACGGCGGCCGCAACUGCCAGUUCCUGCUGCCGGAGCACGCGGCCAUGCAGGGCUCCGCAGUGCCCUGGAUGGCCGUGGGCUCCGGCGCGGCGCUGGUGCUGCUGCUGCUGGCAGGAUGCGCCGUGCUGGUGGGCUUUUUCCGGUCCAAAGUCCAGCGCGAGGGUCCGGUAGAGGCGGUCUGCGAGGUGGAGACCAUAAACAACCUGACCAAUAACUGCCACCGCGCCGACCGAGACCUGGCCGUCAGCGCGCUGCCGGCGCCCGGCGUCAAGAACAUCAACAAGAAGAUGGACUUCUGCAGCGCCGACCCAGACGAGGGCGCGUCGCCAGGAAGGAGCGGCAGCUACAAAGGCCGCCCCGCGCCGGCGGACUACAACCUGGUCCACGAGGUCAACCACGAGCAGGAGGCCAAGGCGGCCAUGCUGGAGGCGGCCUGCGAGGACCAGUGCCAGCCCGGCGACGCCUUCCAGUUCCAGGAGCACCGCAGCAAACGGUUGAAAUGCGACGCAUCGGAAAAGAAAGCCCCAGAAAUGUCCGCAUGUGCGGACACCAAGUACAAAUCUGUGUUUGUGAUGUCAGAGGAGAAGGACGAAUGUAUAAUCGCAACUGAGGUGUAACCGCCUCCGGCGGCCGGCGCCCGUUGCUCGUGUGCUCUAUGGGAGAGUUUUUAACUCCUUCAGAUGCUGCUCUAACCUUAGGGGGAGGUGUCCCGCCUUGAGACUGCUGCUGACAUUGAGACGUUUAACUGAUAUUCAGAGUGAGCUGGUUCUCUACUGGAAAAUAAGCGCAGGCAGCGGCGGCUUGUGGGACGAGAACGGGCGGGUGGAGCCGCUCGCGUCCGCCUGCGGGUGAAGCGAGACAGGACAGACGGCGGUGCGAGGCGUCGGACGCUCGCGACCCGCUGUGUUUUUGCAACGUUUGCACCCGGGCCGGUUCUGGACCCACACGCCGCUGCUGAGCGCAGGAACUGCAUCAAACGGUGGAUGUUUGGCCAUAGUGGCCUGUUCUUCACGAGGCUGUCCACACCAGCACCUGUGGAGACUAUGUGUACGUGAUCACUGUGUAACUCAAGUGUGUUUCUUAAACCCUCCAAAACAUUUAUGACAUAGUAUUGUUCAUUUUUUCAUUUCUUUCUUUGGGACGUGGAAAACUUUGUCUGAAUUCAAACAAAUGUUGCUUUUUGAUACAGAUUGUCCUUUUGUAAAAUACCAAGAGAAAAAAACAUGAAAAAGUAAUGAUUUAAAAUUAUGAUUUAAUUUAAGUUAAUUUAAUGAGUUUGAGUUAUUAUUUUUAUUUGUAUUGUAUAUUUGUGAUGUUUGUUAUGAUUAUUUAAGUUGCUUUUUUAAAUGAUAUUUGCAAAGGCACUUCAGGUCAAUGGGACUUUUUUUAAGAAAAUCUUAUUUAAGAGGGAUUGUACUGUACAAAUUGUUACGUUACCGUCUCCUUUACUGUUUCUGAAUGAAGGAAUUAGCCAAGACUAUUUUUCCAAAUAAAUAUCGCUAAACGUGAAAUUUUAA